AUGGGUAGUUAUUGUACAAGAAUUUCGUCAGAUAGUGUUCUUCCAAACAGUCCUGUUCUGAAUAAUAUUGUACCAAAAACGCUUAUUCCGGACAAUUUUGUUGAUGAUGAAUUUUUGGAAGAAAUAAAUAAAGUUAUUCUUGAAAAUAUUGGAAAGAUGUCAGUCAGCUACAAGACUGAGCUUGAUCGUAUAGUGAAUGAAAUGGAAAAUGCUGCCCCCGAUGGUUACCUUGACCUAAUGUAUUCGGAUUAUCCAGAGAAGAACGGUAAAGAUGUUCGUGAACUUGCGAUGAAAAACAUCUCAUCCGACGAUAUAAAAAGUCAACUUGAAGAUAAAGUACACGACACAAUAGAUCCAAAAGUGGAAGAAAAAAUAGCUGAUUUAAACCCAAUAGCUCAAGAAGGAGUCAAGCGAACUGUCGAUCACUCUGUGAAGCAAAUGGUUAGUAAAGCGGUUGAUAAUGCAAGAGAACAGUUGGAACAACAAGCGGCAACUGAAUCAACAGACGCUUUGAAAAAAUAA